GUCGCGAAUAGUUUUCUUUGGAAAUUUUUCUUGUAACACAUACAGAGUUUGUCUUUUCCGCAUUUUAUCUAAUAUUUGUGUUUCGGAGUGGACGCUGAAAACUUUCAGUUGAUUUCUGGAUGUACAUUGGAUAGUGGAUACCCUGGAUAGAAGAAAGCAGUCAGAUUAUUCAGAUGUAGAUUAGAGAAUGUGGCAGCAAGUAUUCCUAACUAUCAGGGUGCUCCUGAUGGUUUACAUUUUUACACUCCUGGUGCAAUGUGCAAUCUUCUUCUUCGGCAGGAGACUCAGAGGAAAGAAGGUUGACAAGCGAAACGCUGCAAUGUACGCUCUGGUAAUGGCCUCCUUCUUCCUGACUGAUACCCAGCUGGUUAUUAACUUGUGGGGCUCCAAAGUGGCCGGCACUUCUGAAGAGACCUGCAAAACUUGGCGUGGGAUAUCGGUGAUCCUGUACCCUCUGUGUAUGACACCGGUAACUGUCUUACUGUGGUCCAGACAGAGGUUUUUCUACCAACUCAACAUGAUCAAGAGAACUGCUUCUAAAUUCGUGCUCUUUCUCAGUUCUUACAUUAUCUUACCCGCCCUGUUUUUAUUUGCUGGUCUCGUGGUUUUCUUCAUAAUUCUCUACUUCACGCCGAACCUUGAUAUCAUGGAGUACAAGAUAGAGAACGGGUUUUGCAAAUCUGGAAAAUCAAGCAGUUUCAGCUUGAUAUUCCGCUCACUGGGACUGGUGUGCAUAGUAGCGCUACACUGUAUCCUAAUGUACCUCUUCAUGAAACCACUCCGAGAAAACAUGGCAACUCAGGCUAACAAUGCCGGACACAUAAUGGAAGUGAAGGGUAAUCGUGGGGAACACCGAGCUCACUUCAAGUCAAUCAAGGACCUGGAUCAUGCCCUGAUAAAAAAACUCGCUAUCAUCACCGGAGUGGUGAUAGCCGCUGACGUCAUCUGUAUUGCCAUAUACGUGGUUUUAAAAAAAUUGGGAGUGGAACUGUCGAGUCAGCAGCUAGCCCUGGAUAUACAAGUAGUGAUAACUUCGAUCAGCAACGUUAUGUGUUGGAAACACUGGCGGGAGAUCAUUUACCCCAACAGAUGGUUACGGACCUGGACGUCAAACUUCAACAGAGGGAACAGACGCGGUGCAGUGUAUAAUAGUAGUGAAAACAGAGAUAACACAGUGGUACAACAGAGAGGUCUUCAACCGUUACCUGCAACUAAAAGUCUUGUUAAUCAUCAUGGUCAGGUGGCCGUAUGAACUUUUGAACACGCCAAAGGACCCCUUCUCUUUUUUGGCUCAUUUUCGGGUCUUUGAUCAGACUUUCCUGAGGGGGUGACCCUUUUAGAAAAAUCUCGAAUUUUGAAGUUCCAUGUUGUGUGGUGUACAGUGAUUUGUGAUUGGCUCUUAUUAAUAUUAUUUUGCUCGCCC